UCAAUUCACACACCACACAAUGGCAUUCAAGUUUGUAGUGUUCGCAUGCCUGGUGGCUGCCGCCAGCGCGGGAGUGUACCCGGCCGCGCCCGUGGCGUACGCCGCCGCCCCCAGCUACGUCGCCCACCAGGCGUACGCUCCCGCCCCAGUGGUGCACUCCGCGCCCCUCGCAUACGCCGCCAAGGUGGUCGCCCCCGUCGCCAAGCUCGCCGUCGAGGAGUACGACGCGCACCCCCAGUACAGCUUCGCGUACGACGUGCAGGACGGUCUGACCGGCGACUCCAAGAGCCAGCACGAGAGCCGCGACGGUGACGUCGUGCAGGGCUCCUACUCCGUGGUCGACCCCGACGGCACCAAGCGCACCGUGGACUACACCGCUGACCCGCACAACGGUUUCAACGCCGUCGUGCGCAAGGAGGCUCUCGCUCACGUCGCUAAGGUCGUCGCCCCUGUUGCCAAGGUGGCUGCUCCUGUCGCCUACCACGCCGCUCCUGUCGUGCAGGCAGCUGCUCCCGUGUACCACUCCGCCCCAGUGUACCACUCUGGCCCCGUGGCUAAGCUGGCGUACGCCGCUACCCCAGUAGUCCACGCCGCCCCUGUUGCCAAGUUCGCCGCUCCCAUCGCCUACUCCGCUCCCCUGUACCACCAUUAAAUUGAUGCCAAAACCUAGGAAUCCAAUUGUAUAAUACUUUUAGCGUAUUAUUUUCAAUACGUUUUCAGUA